AACUGUGAAGGUGCAAAUCUGACCGAGCAGCAUCGCGGUGUCAUUGGUGUUUCCAUGAAAAAGCCCGAGCGACGAGGCACUUUUGGGAUCUACAAACACUCCUCUCCUCUCCUCCGCUCCCUCCAUGCUCUUUUCGGACCCGCUUUUCUGUGGAUUCGGAGCGCGCGCGGUGCCACAGAGAUGAACUGAGCCAAGCAUCAAUUAGCAGCUUUACUGUAUCACUAUUUAUGCAGCGGGGGAGAAGGGGCAAACUGCUCCAGGGAGGUGCUCUCGCGCUGCAUGGGAUUGUUUUUGACGAGGACGCGCCGUUUCCGAUAAGGACGCAUUGGGCACCAUGAGCUCCAGCGGCUCGGCGGGCGGCGAUCGCGCCUCAGGGACGAUCCGAUGCCAGAGAUGUCGGGAGAUGUGCAAAGGAGAAGUGGUCCGAGUCCAAGACAUGCACUUUCACGUCAAGUGCUUCACCUGCACUGUGUGUAACUGCGACCUGGCGCGCUCCGGUUUCUUCCAGAAGAAGGGCGAGUACAUCUGCACGGCGGACUACCAGCGUCUGUACGGGACGCGCUGUGACCGCUGCGACGGCUUCAUCACCGGAGAGGUCGUGUCUGCCCUGGGACGAACCUACCACCCCAAGUGCUUCGUCUGUAGCGUCUGCAGUAAGCCGUUUCCGAUCGGGGACAGAGUGACGUUCAGCGGGAAGGACUGUGUUUGCCAGCAGUGCUCCGUCAGACUCGUCAAACCGAACGAACCCAUCAAGAUCCACGGGCCCAGUCAGUGCGCCGGAUGUGGAGGUGAGAUCAAGCAGGGCCAGUCGCUCCUCGCUCUGGAGAAACAGUGGCACGUCAGCUGCUUCCGCUGUCAGACCUGCAGCAUGGUGCUCACCGGGGAGUACAUCAGCAAGGAUGGCGUGCCGUACUGCGAGGCGGACUACCACGCCCAAUACGGGGUGAAAUGUGAGACGUGCAGCAGAUACAUCAGCGGGAGAGUCCUGGAGGCCGGAGGGAAGCACUACCACCCCACAUGUGCCCGCUGUGCCCGCUGCAGCACCAUGUUUAAAGAGGGAGAGGAGAUGUAUUUGACAGGCUCUGAGGUGUGGCACCCUUUAUGCAAGCAGGCGGCCCGGGCAGAGAAAAGGCUCAGGCACAGGCGUCUGUCGGAGGCUUCCAUCUCUCCGCCCGGCUCCUCCAUCGGCUCUCCCAGUAGAGUUAUAUGUGCCAGAGUGGAGAAUGACUUCCUAGCUUAUAAGGACCUAGCCGCCCUCCCCAGGGUCAAGGCCAUUUACGAGGUCCAAGCGCCCGACCUCAUUUACCAGCCGUACCACAGAUACGCCUCCGAUGAGAGGCUAGACACUUACAGCUAUGGGGAGUCUCUCGGGACGCUCUCUCCAUAUUCUCAGGACUACGACAGUUUGGACAAGCAGAGGUUCCCCAGUCCAGGUUACAUCGACUCGCCAACGUUCAGUCGCCAGGGCAUGUCUCCCAUCAUGCCUCGCUCCCCGCAGCACUACGGCUACACUGGCUCCGAGAGUGGCAGGAGCUCGCCCUAUUACGGCCAAGACGGGCGUUCCAGCACCCCCACCACAAACCAGCCCCCCAAACAUUUUCAUGUGCCAGCCACGGGGGACCCCAACAUCUACAGGAAGCCCCCCAUCUAUAAGCGAACGGAUCAUUACAUGGAAGCAGCGACCAAGAGCAGGACCAGCGAGGACAUUCUGAGGUCGGCGAGACUUUCCACCUACUCCCCUGAGUCAUACAGCCAAUCAGAGUCAGACUAUUACCCCUACACCAGCUCUCCGAAAGCGUACCGAGCCCCGAGACGACGCUACUCGACGGGAGGAGACGAGGAAGGAUGGAGCCACGGUCUUCAAAGAAUCGGGAGCGGGAUCGGGAGGAUGAUCCUGAAGGAGGAGAUGAAAGCCAGAUCCGGUUCCUAUGACAACGACCCCUGGGGCAGCCGGAGGAAUUCACGGAGCGGCAGCAAAGAAACGCUCAACACGACGGGCUACGGGUCCACGGCGUACAACAACACCGUCAACGGGUCUCCUCGUUCACAGUACAGCAGUGAAAGUGAUUUUGGCUGCAAAUCAUCAUCACUUCCAGGUUAUGGACGAAACGGUCUUCAGCGGCCUCAGAGCGCUGAUUGUUACCAGUAUCAGUACGACAGCUCGAGUGAGGUCACCUGGGGAAACAAAGCUGAAUACACGGUUUAUCCUUAUGAAAUGCUCAUCGUCACCACCAGAGGGCGCAACAGGCUGCCAAAGGACGUGGACAGAGCCAGACUGGAGCGCCACCUGUCUGCAGAGGAGUUCUCGCAGGUUUUCGGGAUGAGCACAGAGGAGUUUGACCGUUUGGCUUUAUGGAAACGCAACGAGCUGAAGAAACAGGCUCGACUCUUUUAACAUGAGCCCCAUUCCAUUAAUUACCAGGGAUGCACCGGUAUCGAAUAUCGGCAUAUCAGAUCUACGAAAACCUGCUGGAUCGAGUAUCGGCUCCAAAAUAUCGAUUCUGCCGAUAUCCUGGUUGGGUUUUUUAAUUGAAGUAAUAAAACUAUCACUGGGGUUUUAUACAAAGUCGUUCUGUAGACAA